CUGACGUGAAAAGACGGGACACGAGGACCUGUCGAAGGAGCUGUACCGCGUCGUGCGUGAGCUCCAGGAAUACCAGUGAGAGAUUAGACACUCCUCCUCCGGAGUACCGCGAAACGAAAAAAAGCGUCCGUAAUAAGCCGAGUUGAGAUGAGACGCCUACAUAGCAGAUCGGUGUGUGGGUUGGCAUUUUGCAUUUGGGCCCGAGGAGUCAGAUUGGCGGGUGUGUUGCGUUGUGUGCGUUGCGUUGCGUUGCGUGGGUUGGGGGGGGGGUUGCGCAUUUGCAGGAUCAGGAUCAGGAUCAGGAUCGAUUUGAUUUGCAGUCUUAUACACAUUACAACUCUCUUUAGCAUUUUCUUCGUGUAUGUUCUUUUGGUUUAUGUGGAUCAUAUCAGACUCGGACUUACAUUGGACUGCUGCUCUACCUGCUCUACCUGCCUGCUUAUUAUGGUUUGUAAUGACCUGGGAUAUGGUACAGUGUACAGUGUACAGUGUACACUGUAUCUACACUGCGUGACUGUAUACUAUCUAGUAUAUGGACCACGAAGUUAACUACAGUGGGUGAUGCAUGCUGAUGCUGUGAUACCAAAUGCAUCAGAGUCAACUCAAGACCAGAUCAGAUCCCCUGCUUAUCCCGAU